AUGUUAGGAACGCAGGCUCGAGAUUUUUCUGAUCUUAUUGAAGUAGGUGAACGAAUUGAUACGAGCAUACGGAGAGGAAGAUUAGAAAAUACACCCUCAGAAGCCAAGGAAGCACAAGUGGGGAAGAAAAAGGAGGGAGACAUCAAUUAUGUACAAGGACCCUACCAACAACCCUUCAAUCGCGCCCGUAACCCUUCGUACUCCCAACCAAACAACUUUGCACGGUUUGAUUCAACACGACCAAGGGCAGAAUUUUAUCAUACUUCUCUAAAUGCUCAAUUUAAUCAUCAAAUGGAUAAUCAACACCAUAUUAGAGCAAGACCAGUAAGGCCACCUCGGGAUGAGCGCCCAUUACCAAACUUUAAUGUUACACGGACAGAGUUGUAUAAAGAUUUGGUUGCAAAGAAUCUUAUGGGGCCUCAACCUAUUAAACCUCUCCAACCACCUUUCCCAGCUUGGUAUGAUCCGAACGCAACAUGUGAAUACCACAUGGGGGUGGCUGGCCAUUCUAUUGACAAAUGUAAUGCUUUCAGAAGACAUGUGCUUCUUUUAUUAGAUAACAAUCAUAUUGGGAUUAAGACAUGUAACAAUCCUAAUAUCACUACCAAUCCACCUGAGCAUGAGAAAGGAAAGCCAGUUGCCAUGAUAGAUAAUGACAUUAGCCUCUCAAAAGCAGUAGAGGACAUUCCUUGCACCAUGAAGCAGCUGUAUGAGCACUUAAGAGAAUUGGGCUACAUCCAGCAAAGCUUUGGGAGCAAUGAAAGAACUUCUCGAGCUAUAAAAAAUACGAGAAAUGUAUGUGCAUUAGAUGAGAAGGUUACAUAUUUUGUAAUCAAUAAGGAGUCACAAGCUAUAGAAGGAGAAAAUUCAUCCUUUCCAACAAAUAAGCUAAUUUAUGAAGUGAAGGAAUCAGCGGAAAAAUCCUUUUUGCUUAUUGGCAAAACAUCUCAUAAUGUCAGUAACAAGAAACCUAUUGCUCUCCUCCACAUACCAGCAUCAUUCCCAUAUCAUAGCAAUCAUGCUGUACCCUGGAAUUAUGGCUUAAGAAUUGAAGGCCUUCACGAUCAAGGGACACUAAACAAAGCUAGUAAUGUUGACAUUACUGUUGGUGGAAUUACACGAAGUGGUCGAAUUUACACCGAUGAAACCUACACGCUAGGGGGUAAGGGUUUAGAAGUUGGAGAAAGCUCAGGCACUAAAGAAUUUACCGUGAAAGGCAAAAAAGGAGGGAUCGAUGAAUUUUUAAAGAUUAUGAAACAAAGUGAAUAUAACAUUGUGGAACAAUUGAAUAAGACCCCAGCACGAAUUUCAAUAUUGUCCCUCAUUUUUAGUUCUGAAGUACAUCGAAAGGCUUUACAAAAGGUUCUAAAUGAAGCUUAUGUGUGGCCAAACAUAACUCCUAAGAAAGUGGUUAAUCUAGCUAAUACUGUGAAAAACUCUACAUUGAUUGCAUUCUUCGAAGAUGAGAUUUUCUUGACAGCUUCUCAAUGCCCAAAGGUGCUCCACAUUACUUUAAAGUGCCAUGGUUAUGUAAUAGCCAAAGUAUUGAUUGAUGGGGAUUCUACCUUAAAUGUCUUACCUCGAUCUACUAUAGAACUUUUACCUGUUGAUGCAUCUUGUAUGAAACAUAGCGACGUGGUAGUUAAGGCAUUUGAUGGGACAAGACGAGAAGUUAUAGGCAAUGUCUGCCUCCCAUUGCAAAUUGGACCAAGUACUUUCGUGGUAGAAUUUCAAGUUAUGUACAUUGAUGCUACAUAUACCAUGUUACUUGGUAGACCUUGGAUUCAUGAUGCUGAGGCUGUACCCUCGACUCUACACUAA